AUGGCGUUUAAGGGGAAAAUUUUACUCCAGGCUAGCAGGGCUAGGUUUAUCGAGAGUCUGAGAGCGGAGUCAGCCUCCGAAAGCGUGCAGGCUCUCACGGUGGCUGAGCUCCAAUCCAAGCUCGACAUGCUGGAGAACCAUUGGAGACUGUUCGACACUCUACAUGUGAAGCUGCUGACUGCCAAAGAUAAUGAGGAGGUGCUGGAACACGCUUACGUCACGGAGGAGGUGUACGACAAGUGCCUGGUGAUGUACUCCGCAGCGCGCAGCAAGUUCAUGGGAUUGAUCAAGGGUCUGGAUGAGUCCAUCGACCUCUCCGAGUCAUUCCGUCGGCCAUCUGCUCCGUCUCCACCGGCGUCUGUGGCUCAUCGGCAGUUGCCUAAGAUCUCGCUGCCAACAUUCUCAGGGGCCUUCUCGGAGUGGAUACCGUACAAGGAUCUGUUCCUCUCCAUGGUGGUCGGGAGUUCGGCGUUAAGUACUGUGGAGAAGUUCCACUAUCUGCUGACGUCUCUCACGGGUGAGCCUAAGCAGCUGAUCUCCACCUUGCCCGUGACCGAGGACGCGUUCCUGCCAGCGUGGAACGCCCUCUUGGCUCGUUACGAGAACAAGAGGCGGCUCGUCUCUAUCCAGCUGGGGAAGCUUCACGCGGCGCCGAGGGUCAUUAACCGCACCGCCAGGGAGUACAACGCGCUUCUCAACUCCGUGGCUGAGGCGGUCACCGCGCUGGAGUCUCUCGGUCGUCCGGUGGAGCAUUGGGACGAUAUGCUCGUCCACCUCGAUUCGACGCGGCUGGACGCCAAGAUGCUGGAGGCUUGGGAGAUUGAACUCGGCUCAUCAACGGAGUUUCCCACGUACGCCGCUCUCAGGGAGUUCGUGCUCGGUAGGGCCUUGGCCAGGGAAACGAUGGAGAUGCACGCCUCGGAGCCGCCAUCGACUGCGUCAUCGAACCCUCACCAGGCUUCGAAGCCUCGGCCAUCGAAGGGCCAGCCCUCAAAUCAGACUGUGACGGUCUACGCUCCAGGCCAGCCUGCUCGGGUCUACAGUGCCUCGGCUGGUCCUACGUCGCAGCCUAUGUCCGGGAAAGAGUCGGGGAGCCACUCGUCUCGGGCUGUGAAGCCUCAACCUCAGCCUCCGUCUCAAAGUUGGGCGGAUAUGUGCUUCCGGGCCUGUCCGAUGUGCGAGGAGGAGCAUUCGUUGGACAGGUGCUCCAAAUUCAAGGCUCUGUCUCCUACCGAGAGGAGAUCAUUCGUCGUUCUCAAGCAUCGAUGCUUCAACUGCCUGGGGAAGCAUAAUAGGGAGAGUUGCCGGAGCCUCAACAAGACCUGCGUUGUGUGUCGGCAGAAUCACCACUCGAUGAUUCACAUUAAUCGUCCUCAGCCAACACCUCAAGGAUACUCUCAGCCUCGUGACAGCCAGAAGGUUGUUAAGACGAUGCAGGAGCCUCAGCCCGGCCCAUCUAUACAGUCCACUGCCUCUAGGCCUGACAUGUCUCCACAGUGA